ACAAUGUUCCACACGGACUGAUUUAAGACACGGUCGUGAUGUUUGUUUUCGUUACCGUGAUAGUUGUAUGUGCGGUUUACAUUAUUUCUAUAAAGUUUGUGUAUCGUAGAUAUAGACAAUUAUGGGCACACCUGCGGGAAGAAAUGUUCACCCCGUCAUACACUGGUGGAAAUUCACAAUUUUGUCCAACACAAGACAGAUCCGGUGCACACUUAAAAAAUGAAAGGGCACGAGCUCUGGUAGUCACUGCACAUCCAGAUGAUGAAUGCAUGUUCUUUGCGCCCACUAUCUUGAAUCUCAUUGAAUCAAAAGUUGCCGUUCAUUUGUUAUGUUUGUCAACAGGCAACUACAACAGCCAAGGACCCCAACGCAAAAAGGAACUGCUUGACAGCUGUACAGUUCUGGGCAUUCCAUGCAACAAUGUCACCAUCAUAGAUAACAAAGAGCUUCCAGAUGACCCAACAGUCCAGUGGAGCACUGCACUGAUCUCCUCUCUCAUCCUCAAACAUAUUGAAGCCUCCGCUAUCAGCCUGGUACUGACAUUUGAUGGAAGAGGUGUGAGUGGACAUGCCAAUCAUAUUGCCAUUUACAAGGCCCUCAGUCAUUUGGCUUCUACUGGAAGACUACCUAUAGGUUGUCAAGUCUUUUCUCUUCACACCGUCAGCAUCUUCAGAAAGUACAUGUCAGUCCUCGAGCUGCCAGUCAGCUGGCUCCUCCCCUCUGAUUUCUGCUGCAUCAUUGGUUGGGAGGAGUAUAAACGUGCCAAGAAAGCCAUGCUACGUCAUCACUCUCAGCUGCUGUGGUUUCGCCGGCUGUACAUACUGUUUUCACGCUACAUGUUUAUAAACACGUUCCAGUCUGUCACUGUGGAAACAAAGAAUGUUAAAAUGUAUUAGCCUAAAUUCUUCUCUUUUUUUUGCACUGUUCCUGCUCACGUGGGACUAAACUCAGGCACUGUCAUUUUGAAGUUUUAGUUUCAAAAUGUAAAACAAAAAGCAAUACAAUUUAUUGUAUAAUGAUAUAAAAAAAGGUUUUCAAUGACAAACUGGUGGCUGAAAUUUAACACUUAUCCCUGUAACAGGGUAACUAAAUCUUAAACAUGGCUAAACCUGUGUACACUUGUGCCUUGGAGUAUAAAGAGGUGGAAGACCAAAGUCUACUGUGUAUAUAUUGUUUACAUUAGUCUUGUUGUUGGAUUUAUUAAUAUAGACAUUGUUAAAGCACUGUACCAAAACUCAGUAUGGUUUCAAACCUGACCACAUGAAUUUGAGUCUGUUAAUCUAAAUGUUUAUGCAUAAACAAACCAGAAACGUGUAACAAAUAUUGUGUUCAAAAUAAAUAAAUAAUAAAUGUGGAAUUAUAA